AUGUUUGCCAACAUGGACCCCCAAAAGCAGGCUGAACAGAUGGCAGCAGCAAGACUUCUUGCCGCGGAGUUCGGCAAAGCUAAGGGAAGCAGUGGUCGGGGCAGGAGCAGCGGACGAGGACGCAUGAAUGAUGGAGGUAGUGGCAGCAGGCCUGGCGGCAUCGGAAGAGCAGCCGUCACUACUCGAUUCGAUGCUCCACCGGCUCAGAUGAACCGUCCUGUGCCAUCUUCGUCGCGUGUUGUCUUCACACCGGCUGAAGUCAAUCGGGCCAGAGUCCAGCCUUCCGCCGUCACUCGCGUCGAUGCCACUCUCGCGGGUUGGUUGGCAGGCUCAAAGACUCCUCAGCCUGGCCCCGCGACGCCUGCGACGCCUGAGAUGCCCGCGAUGCCCGCGAACACGGUUCCUGCUCGCUCUGACGCUCAGAAAAGAAUCGAUCAGGACCUCGCCAGCUGGCUUACGCCCAAGCCUAGCCCGGUUGCCGCUCCUCCCAAGGAGACUCCGGUCAGCCGUGCCUCGUCAAGCACACCUGUCACCAAGAUUGAUAGCCCCGAGACACCGAAAGCCGCCGUUCCUGGAAACACUCAAGCCGUCUCUCAGUCCAACGCUCCCCCGCCUUCUCUGAAGAAGGAGGCUCUCGCCUCUCCUGAGACGACCGUCCAUUCAAGACCCAGUAGCUUAGGAAAGAGCUUGCGGAUUGCUCACGAGGCGAAAGUCCUUAGGGAGCAGAACAACGCGAGUGGAGUGGAAACUACUGCUAGUUCCAACUUGAAUGCCAGAGCUUCCGCUAUUCUUGCCAAAGGCGUUGAGUUGAUGCCACAGCCGCAGUCUAACCACAAUGGACAGGCUCCUCGCCUUCUUGGAACCGUUGACAACAAGCAAGAUGCUCGGGCAUCCUCCUCCACGAAGACUGAGGCCUCUGCUGUUAAACCAGAGCCAGAGUUCGGCACUGUCCAAUGGGCUCUGGCGCAGCUCGAAAGUGGUCGUGAACUUCCUGGCCACCAUGAGUUCCACGCUCGGAAGGCUCAGGAAGUCGGACACAAGUCUGGCGCUGUGUCCGUCCCUGAUGCUCACUCUGGAACUAUCAACAAGACUGAGUCCGUCAUCAAGCAACAACAAGAGACAACUAAGGAGGAGAAAGCAGCGGAGCCUCUGAUGAAGGAACUUGACUGCAACUGCCCUAAGAGAAGCCACCCAAUUAUUGGCUUGGCGGCUUCAUGCUACAACACGGAUUCUGACGGCGAUCAUGACCUCGUUCGUAUGAAAGGUGCGUCGGAUGCAGUGAAGAACAAAUUCGCAGUCAACGUUAUCCUCCACGAGCACUCGAACCCCGACUGCCCCAAGCUGCUUCAGGCUGCUGCCAAAUUUCCUCUGCACUUCGGCGCUAGCCCAGCCGUUGUAGAUGACCCCGAUGAUCAUCUCCAGGUCAUCCAAUGGAAGGAUUCGAACGGCUUAUCCGGUCCCUCGAGCAGCGUGCCCGUUCGGAAGAUCAAUUCGUCUGGUCAUAAGAACAACUUGCCCGGCGCUUCGAAUAACUUGGCUGUCGCCUUCAACAACUCGUCCGGUCCUCCUUUGGCUGGUGCUCCAGUCCCACAGCCGCCUGUCCGCCGCUGCAGAGGCAUCAACGACUCGAUGUGGGCCUAA